CUGUUGCUUUUUCUACUUUAGUUGUCCACGCUUUUCGACCACUUCUCUCUCUCUCUUCAAUUUCACAUGAUCUGAACAAAAUAUACUCCUCUCUCUCUGUGUUUGACUAAUCUCGAAUCAAAAACAAUAUUCCACAAUUUUCUUUUAUCUCGAGGUUGAUAUAGUUGCAAUCUUCCUGAGCUCGUAGAUCUACGCCCUUCUUGUUAUUUGUGAAGAGUACCUUGCUGCCAUUUGCGACUUUAUAGUCAGAAGAAGGUUGAUCCCGAAAGAAGGUUUCUAGUCAACUUCCUGGAAAAGUAGUUUAUUGUAUCGAUUCUUGUGAUGCAGAAGGCAUCCCAGGAAGCUCUAGCAUGUUCAAGCGUCCACAGUUCUCACAUUCUACCGAGUAAAAGCCAGGAUACUGAACUUUCUUUUCAGGCCUAUGCUGAACCAUUCUACACUCUGGAAUCAACACCAGUGACUGGUUCCGCUGUCUUCAGUUCACCUACAGUUACGAGCGUCUCUUCCAAUAAGAGUCCCUUCUCUCCGCUACUUUCUCAUUCUUAUGUGUCAGAUAUCCAUCACUCAUCGGAUAAUAGUUCAUCUUUGAAUGACUCUUUUGAUUCACUAUGGCUGUUGAGUAAUGAGUCCAUGGGACCUGAAUGUGGCAGUAUGUAUAAUGGAUCCUCAACUGAUGAAUCGGCGCAGCCUUGUUACUCCACUAGGUACCAUAGAAUCAUAGAGAUGGCCUCGAAUAUGGACUUGAAACAACUGCUCAUAGCCUGUGCUGAAGUAAUAUCUGAAGCUGAUAUCAUCUCUUUCUCUGAGAGAAAGAUCGCAGCAUCAGCUGCGGAAACUCUGCUGGACAUGAUACAGGAAAGGGUUUCGGUAUCAGGCGAACCUUUACAGAGAUUAGGUGCGUACAUGUUGGAAGCGCUCAGGGCAAGGUUGCUUUCGUCAGGAAGCUUAAUCUGCAAAAAGUUGAAAUGCGAUGAACCGUCAGGUCCCGACUUGAUGUCUCAUAUGCAGUUGCUUGCUCAAAUAUUGCCAUUCUACAGAUUUGCUUAUACGUCUGCCAGCGUUGUCAUUGGAGAAGCCAUGGAAAACGAAAAAAGAAUCCACAUCAUCGAUUUUCAGAUUGCACAGGGCAGUCAAUGGUUGUCUUUCAUUCAGGCUGUCGCUCAGCGGCCUGGUGGUCCACCAUAUGUUCGCAUCACAGGUGUAGAUGAUUCGGAAUCAGCUCAUGCUCGAGGUGGAGGGUUGGAGUUAGUUGGUCAGAGGUUAGCCCAAUUAGCCGAGUCGUGUGGAGUACCUUUCGAAUUCCAUGGCGCUGCAACAUCAGUGUGUGAUGUACAACUGGAGAAUCUCAACGUACAGCACGGGGAAGCAGUGGCUGUAAACUUCCCUUACGUACUGCAUCACAUACCGGAUGAAAGCGUGAGCACUAGCAAUCAUCGAGACCGGCUCCUCAGGCUGGUGAAGAGCUUGUCUCCCAAGGUCAUGACCCUUGUUGAGCAGGAAUCCAACACCAACACUGCUACUUUCUCCCAACGAUUUCGUGAGACUCUGGAUUACUAUGCAGCAAUGUUCGAGUGCAUAGAUGCAGCAGCCUUGGCAAGAGACGACAUGCAACGGAUUAACGCAGAGGAGCAUUGUGUGGCGAAGGAUGUCGUCAGCAUAAUAGCUUGCGAGGGGAACGAGCGGAUGGAGAGACACGAGGUCUUUGGUAAAUGGAGGUGGAGACUAUCAAUGGCUGGAUUUUCACAAAUUCGAAUCACUCCAUCUGUUACUACUGCUGUGAGGGAUAUGUUGAAAGAGUAUAGCCCCAGUUAUGGUGUAGCAGAGGCCAAUGAUGCUGUUUAUAUUGGAUGGAAAAACAAAGCUCUUGUAUCAUUUUCUGGUUGGAGAUGAACGCAGAGUGUGUGUGAGAGAGAGGAUAGAUAUGUUCGUCUAAGUUUACUACUCUGUAUAAAUCGAUUUACUUUUUUACUA